CCCUUCUUUCAAAUUCUCUUUAACCCCGAAUAAAAUCUGCACAGCCAAAAGGAAAGAAAGAGAGAGAGAGAGAGCGAGAGGCUUCUUUGUUCUCUUUUGCUUCUUCUCUCUUCAACAAGAUCCCUUGAAAAGCAACCAAAAAAGUUCAAUCUCCCUCAGAUCUUCCCUUCACGGUUCACGAGAGACAGAAGAGAGAGAGAGGGAGAGAGGGAGAGAUGUCAACUACUGCGACGUCCACGCAGGGCAUGCUCAGCCAGGCAGCAGCACCAACCAUGUUAGAAGACCAGAACCUGCCCUCGCAGCUGGGUUUCUACUCCAUCUUCCCGUCCAGCAUGGGCUCCCUCGCUUCAUGCUCGUCGUCGCUUUGCUUCAACCAGACCCUCAAGUCCCUGUUCACUCUCCCUUCUUCCCUCGUUUCUCCCGAUCCUCCCUCGAACAGUAAUAAUAACAACCUCACGCUCAUCACCGAAACCCUACUUUCGUCCACCGCUCCGCACAAGCAAAGAGAGAAUCUUCAGACCCCUUCUGAACUCUUGGGAGGCCCCCAGCUUCUGUCUUUGCAAAGAUCAACCCCGAAUCUCUGGGCAUGGGGUGAGUUGAGUGACCAGAGCAGCUUGGUCAUGAGAUCCUCAUCCGGCGGUGGAGAUCAUGGCGAUCAUUAUCGUGAUCACCACCACCACCAGAGCAUGGGGGUUUCAGCCUUGAAGAUGAAGAAGAUAAAGGGGAGGAGGAAGGUGAGGGAGCCGAGGUUUUGCUUCAAGACCAUGAGCGAUGUGGAUGUCCUGGACGAUGGGUACAAAUGGAGGAAGUACGGUCAGAAGGUGGUCAAGAACACUCAACAUCCCAGAAGCUACUACCGCUGCACGCAGGACAACUGCCGGGUGAAGAAGCGGGUGGAGCGGCUAGCUGAGGACCCGAGGAUGGUGAUAACGACGUACGAGGGCAGGCACGUGCACUCACCGUCGCAGGACGUCGAGGACUCACAGGCCUCCUCGCAGCUGAACGACUUCUUCUGGUAGAUACUGAUCAUACGUAUAUAAGGGUAUUCGUAUAUUCACCAGGGUCGAGCAAUAAUCGGCAUUAACUGCUUCUUUCUUUUCUUUUCUUUUCUUUUCUUUUCUUUCUUGAUUACUUGUUUUUUCUUCUGGUCCUUUUUUUUUGCGGUGAAACUCCGAGUCAACUAGUGGUCAAAGAUCACUUCGGUGACUUUCCUUUGAUUCUGAAGUUGAAUCCACGCUUUGAAUUUUUGCUGAUGUUUGGUUGGAGAAAAAACUGUCGUCGCCUGUCAUUCAUUUUGGGCCUCAGUUUAUAUGGUGAUGAUGAUAAUAUCUGUAUUUUGUAUGUAAACUUUUCCUUAUUUUGUCCUGAAUUUUACUUGGUUCCACCAUCAAA